AGGUUAAAUAUAUAGUGGGAAAAGGAGAGGUAGGGUAAUGUACAGAGUAAAAUAGAUUGUAGCAAACAGUGUUUGUCACAGGGACGAGCUUAGUAAUCGUUUCGUGCGCGCGUGAUGAUCAUCAACGCGAAUACUCGAUUGACGUCCUAGUUUUUCGCUAGAUUUUUUUAGCUAUUAUUAUUUUGAUUUGAAUUAUUCAUAUAUUUAGAAUAAUAUUGUUGUGAAAAUUAAAACUAUGGAAACUGACAAAUUAAAUGACAAAGAAAAUAAAACCAAUGGUGAUUCUCAGCUUACUAUGGUAGAAAUGGGAGAACUUAAUCACUGUCCAAGACCAUCAACAUCAGGAGAAAAUAAAAGAUCUGGGUAUUUAGUAACGCUAAUGCACUUUAUAAAAGGAAAUAUUGGUUGUGGAAUGUUAGCUAUGGGAGAAGCCUUUAAAUUUGGAGGUUUAUACCUUACAUUGUGCAUAUUAUUGUACGUUUGGUUAAUUAGUGUCUACAAUAUGCAUGUUUUGACUACAUUAAGUAAGAAAGUUCAGAAUCGUUUGCAAACCAAACGUGCCCCGUCAUUUGGUGAUACAGUUGAAAAUGCAUUCAAAAUGUCUGAUAAAUGGAUAUUUCGAAGUAUAUCAAAUAAUAUUAGAAAGAUUGUUUUUUGUAACAUACUUAUCACGCAACUUGGUCUAUGCAGUGUAUAUAUUCUAUUUAUUAGCACUUCAUUACAGAAGCUGUUACUUCAAUACUCGUAUGAGAUUAAUAUUCAAACUGUUUUAUUAUUUACAAUGCCUUUGAUAAUGGUAUGUGCAAGUUUGAGAAAAUUGCGAUUUAUAGCACCAUUAUCAACUUUGGCCAAUUUUGCAUUGAUUACUGGUGUUAUUACGAUAAUGUAUUAUAGCUGUUCUGGGCCAUCAGCUGAGAAUGUUAGAUAUUCAUAUGCUAAAUGGUCUGAGUUACCAACGAUGUUCGGCAUAAUCAUGUUUAGUUUUGAAGGAAUUGGAUUGGUUUUACCUCUUUUUGCGGAGAUAGACGACGAUAAAAAGUUUACAUCGUGUUUUGGAGUCUUGAAUUUUGGUAUGGUAGCUGUAAUGAUGUUAAACGUUCCUUUGGGUAUGACUGGCUAUGCAAAAUGGGGAGAAGACGUAAAAAGCAGUCUAACAUUGAAUUUACCACACGAUCACGAAUUAACACAAUUUGUAAUAAUCAUGAUGAUAUUGGGAAUAGCUUGUUCAUAUGCACUUCAAUUUUACCCUGCAGCUGUAAUUGUCUAUAGUGACCUCGAAAAAAUCUACGGCCCGUUUAAUCAUCCUGCAAUAUGGGAUUAUAGCAUCCGGAUAUGUAUAUGCCUUGUUACUUACCUGGCAGCUAGUACAGUCCCGCAUUUGGACCUAUUCAUGUCAUUAGUGGGUUCAGUAACUUGCGUUGCGCUCACCAUGAUUUUCCCUGCAUUAUCUAAUUUGGCGUUCCGGACAAAAGACAAAGGUUCAUUUUUCAGUUCAUUUUUAGAUAUGGUAACCAUACUUACGGCAGUGAUCGGUUCAGUCACCGGAAUUUACGCCAAUACAACGGCUAUUUAUGAGGCGUUCUCUCAAAACCACAGCAACGGCUAAAUCUGAUUCAAAAAUUGGGGAGCGAUAAAAACAAACAACCACUAGACCAGUUAUUUGAUUGAACCGUUAAAUUUGAACACAUUAGAAACAACUGAGAAAUGGUUCAUGCAAUGGUAUUAAAAAGUAAACCUCAAAAAAUGGAUGGUAUACAACAGUAGUUCGUUUUUAUUCAGUUGGCAGUCUUAAUAACUAAUACACCAAUUUAAAGACUUAAUUUGUUUUUUUAUAAAUUACAUCUACCUAUAUGUUAUAUCUAUAUACUUUUAACAUAUAUAUAUAAUGUAUUGUAUUAAAACUACUGUAUAAGUAUACAUAUUUAUAUUGUGUAUAUAAUAAAAAUUAUAUAUAAAAAUUAGGUAUGAACUUUAAUAAAGUAUUAUUCAUUUCUUAAAUACAUUAUACUGAAAUAAAUAAGUUUUUAUUGUAGAAUAGUGUAUAUAUUUUAAUUUAUAAUAUAAUUCGGUAACCAACCAAUAUAUAUUAUGUUUAAUGUUUAUCGAUUUUUUGUUCGCGCACAAUAUUCGUACACACGAAAAAUAACUACCUAUCAACUACUUUUAAUUCAGAUAAUUUCAAUUUACACUUAUCAAUAAACUGUAUACAUAUAUAUUAUACUAACUUACA